AGUUGAACCGAUUUGUCCCUCUCCGCUCUCCGUCUGAAAAAACCUUGGCUGAAAGGGUCGUAGACAUGGCGGCGAUCAGGAUGAACAAACGAAGGCUCAGAAAAACUGCUUGCUCCAAAUCAUACAGCUGCUAAGUGGAAGAACUAGGUUCAAACAGAUGGGAAAACUGACAACCAUGCCUGCAGGUCUGAUUUAUGCAUCUGUAAGUGUCCAUUCAACCAAAGAAGAGGAAUCCAAAAAGCAGCUAGUGAAACCAGAGCAGCUCCCCAUAUAUACUGCACCACCGCUCCAGUCUAAAUAUGUUGAAGAGCAGCCUGGUCAUUUACAAAUGGGCUUUGCUUCCAUCCGCACUGCAACUGGUCGUUAUAUUGGCUGGUGCAAGGGUGUUUAUGUCUUUGUGAAAAAUGGGAUAACGAAUACAGUACAGUUUGGAAAAGAUGCUUAUGUCUAUCUGAAGAGUCCUCCUCAAGAUUUUCUUCCAAAAAUGGGAGUUAUUACAGUUUCAGGAUUGGUGGGCUUGGUUUCAGCGAGAAAAGGUUCUAAGUUUAAGAAAAUUACUUAUCCUCUGGGACUGGCCACUUUAGGAGCAACUGUUUGCUAUCCAGUUCAGUCAGUAAUAAUUACUAAGGUAACAGGGAAAAAGAUAUAUGCUACAAGCCAGCAAACUUUUGAAACAGUUAAAUCACUGUGGACAAAAAGCAACAAAAAAGAGUCACUUCCUCAGCCUAAGGAAAAAACUAAGCUAGGAUCCUCUGCCGAAAUAGAAGCAUUUGCAAAAACAACUCAUGUCUUGAAACACUCAGUGCCUUUGCCAGCAGAACUCAGCUCUGAAGCGAAGACCAAAUCAGUAUCCACCUCAGGUGCUACACAGUUUAUGCCUGACCCCAAGCUCAUGGAUCACGGGCAGUCCCACCCAGAAGAUAUAGAUAUGUACAGCACUAGAAGCUGAAGUAGACUGCAUAGAGAGACUACAUAGAAAACUACAAGAUGUGUGAAGUUGCAAAUAAUGAUGGAAAAAAAUCAUGUAAUGGGUAACCGAUACAUAGAGUAUUACCUAAAACAAGUUUUUCCCUUUCAUUUCCAAAUGUGCAAUUUGAUGAAUUACAUAAGUGGUUAACACACAAACUGUGAAUGCAAUGCAAACAAUAUUAAAUGAUUGAUGAGGAGACAUAGAUAUAAGGUUAUCUUGCAUUUGAUGACCUUUGAGGGCAUUUAUUAAAAAACAACAGCAACCAAUGAAGACAUGAAUUCCAGUGAGACUGAAAUCUGAAAAUAUGUCUAUGUAUGUAUAAAGACAUACAUAUUUAUAUGUAUAAACAUAUAUUUCUGCUCUAGCUUUCCUGAAUUAAUGUCAGUUAAAUUAGAAUGGUGUGUGGAAAGAUGUGUUUCCCUCUGUUUUUUUUUUCCAUUUCCUAGAGCUGGAAUAAAAUAUCCAUGUUUUAUGGGACAUGAA